UUCACAAACAUUUCAAUAUCUGAAAUUUAGAAUUUGAAAAAAAGAAAAAAGAAAAAACUAGUGAAGUAUUAAAAGAAGAGGUAAAAAGUUUUAGCAGGAUUCAUAUCAGGCGGCAUCUCUCCAGUCUCACUAGCAAUUACCUGCAUCCCCGGGGAUUGCGGUGAAGAUUUGACGAACAACGGAUUCAGUUCAUCAGUUUGGCUAAAACUGAAAGCAAAAGUCGCCGCUUUCACUCUGUUGUGAGAGGCGAAGCGAAGCGAAGCAGAGCAUAGCAGAGGCCAAGGAUUAAAGAAGAAACAGAGAACCAAAAUGGAGGACGAAGCACUGAACCCACACUCAACUCUCUACGAGGCCUACAACGAACUCCACGGUCUAGCUCAAGAACUAGAGGCUCCCUUCGACGCGCCAGCGGUGCUGGUCGUAGGACACCAAACGGACGGCAAAAGCGCGUUGGUCGAAGCCCUCAUGGGCUUCCAAUUCAACCAUGUUGGUGGCGGAACCAAGACUCGCCGACCCAUCACUCUCCACAUGUCUUACGACCCUCUUUGCGACGUCCCAUUGUGCCAUCUCGUCUCUGAUGACGACCCCACUCUCGCCCACGAAAAAUCUCUCCCCGAAAUUCAGGCCUACAUUGAAGCUGAAAAUAUGAGGUUGGAACAUGAGCCAUGUCAAUUCUCAGCUAAAGAAAUCAUCAUUAAAGUGAAAUAUAAACAUUGUCCGAAUUUGACUAUUAUCGAUACUCCAGGGCUUAUCGUUCCUGCUCCGGCUCGAAAGAACCGUGCUUUGCAGAGCCAAGCGCGUGCGGUGGAGUCCUUAGUGAGAACAAAGAUGCAGCAUAAAGAGUUCAUUAUAUUAUGUCUUGAAGAUUGUAGUGACUGGAGUAAUGCAAUGACUAGAAGGGUUGUAAUGCAAAUUGAUCCAGAGCUUUCGAGAACAGUCAUUGUCUCUACCAAGCUUGAUACCAAAAUUCCUCAGUUUGCACGUUCUUCAGAUGUGGAAGUCUUUCUCUCACCACCUGCAUGUACACUUGAUGGUUUCAUAUUGGGUGACUCUCCAUUCUUUACAUCAGUGCCUUCUGGAAGAGUUGGUUCUGAGCAUGAUUCUGUUUACAGAUCAAAUGACGAGUUUAAACAGGCAAUAGUUUCUAGAGAGAUGGAAGAUAUAACAUCUUUGGAGGAGAAGUUAGGACAGCAAUUGUCAAAGAAAGAAAGAAGUAGAAUAGGUGUAAGCAAACUUAGGCUUUUUCUGGAAGAAUUGUUACAGAAAAGGUACAUGGAUAGCGUUCCAUUGAUAAUUCCACUUCUUGAGAAGGAGUACCGCAGCGCAACAAGAAAGUUAACCGAAAUAAAUAAGGAACUCAGCACUUUGGAUGAAGUGAAAUUGAGGGAAAAAGGAAGAGCUUUUCAUGAUCUAUUCCUAACCAAGUUGUCACUGCUACUGAAAGGGACAGUUGUUGCACCUCCAGAUAAAUUUGGUGAAACACUGGUAGAUGAGAGAACUAAUGGAGGAGCAUUUGCGGGUGCUGAUGGUCUUCAAUUGCCACACAAGCUAAUACCCAAUUCUGGAAUGCGUCUUUAUGGAGGUGCACAAUAUCAUCGUGCCAUGGCUGAAUUCCGUUUUAUCGUGGGAGGGAUAAAGUGCCCUCCAAUUACAAGGGAAGAAAUUGUCAAUGCUUGUGGAGUCGAAGAUAUUCAUGAUGGAACAAACUACUCAAGGACAGCUUGUGUUAUAGCUGUUUCAAAGGCUCGUGACACUUUUGAACCUUUCCUUCACCAGUUGGGAUGUAGGCUCUUGCACAUUCUGAAGAGAUUACUUCCUAUCUCUAUCUAUCUUCUUCAGAAAGAUGGUGAAUAUUUAAGUGGACAUGAGGUGUUUCUCAGGCGUGUUGCUUCUGCUUUCAACAACUUCAUUGAAUCUACCGAAAGAGCUUGUCGUGAGAAAUGCAUGGAGGAUUUAGUGAGCACAACCCGUUAUGUGUCAUGGUCCCUUCACAAUAAGAACCGGGCUGGGCUACGUCAUUUUUUAGACUCAUUUGGUGGAACUGAGCCAUCCAGUGUGGUAGUCAAUUCUAUAUCUUCUGGUAUUUCCCAAGAGUUAUUGCCUGGGUCAGUUGUUGCAGAGAAGCAUGACACCAAGCCAAGAGCAGAUAUAAAGCUCAAUCAUCUAUGCUCUGGCAUUGAUUCAACCUCUUCUGCUCAGACAGCUGAAACAAAGCUUGCUGACCUUCUAGAUAGCACACUUUGGAACCGGAGACUUGGUCCUUCAUCAGAAAGGAUUGUUUAUGCAUUGGUACAACAGAUAUUUCAUGGCAUAAGAGAAUAUUUCUUGGCCUCUGCUGAAUUGAAGUUCAACUGUUUUCUUCUAAUGCCAGUUGUGGACAAGUUACCUGCACUUCUCAGGGAGGACCUAGAAUCUGCAUUUGCUGAUGACCUGGAUAACGUAUUUGACAUCACCAAUCUGCGGCACUCCUUGGGCCAACGAAAGAGAGAUACAGAGAUUGAGCUGAAGAGGAUUAAGAGGCUCAAAGAGAAAUUCAAGGUAAUACACCAGCAACUUAGUUCUUGUCAAAGAAUACCAAGUUUGUCGCCUGCUUCUGAUUGAUUCACGGUCCAAAUUUGAUAACAAAAUCAAUCACUUAAGUAUGUAUGGUACAAUUGCAUGUACCAAUGAGUUUGUUAACCUCCAAUAGUGAAAGAUAUGGGCAGGACAGGAGUCUGUCAUGAUCUUGGAUCACAAACGGUUAUCAGUAAGCAAAAGUAUUCCUUUUAGACUCUUAGCGGGACAGUGUAACAACUGUAAGUUGGUUAAAUGGAUGUGAAUGUCUUGUUGCCUUUCAUUAUUUGAUGAGUUGAUUCUGGCCCCUAACUCUUUUGAGGGUACUUGUUUAUGUGAUAAUUUAAUACACUGAAGUCGGACUGAUACCAAGUUGAUUCAAUUCUAAUUUUCUAUUCUGAUCUCUUAAUCAACUGAUUCUAAAGUAUUGGAUCCUGUUCUUUUUCAAUUUUAUACUCAACAACUCAGAUGAUUUUAUAUUUCAUUUUUCUCUACAGUAAAAGAUGAAAGGACUGAUCUGGAUCUCUUGAUACUGGUCUGGCUCUAAUUUCAUACCUUGUCUUAUGGACAACUGAGUAGGCUUACCAUUUCAAGUUGUCAUGUUAUUCAUCACAAGUUAACAGAUUGUAGUGGGAAUUUCAAAUGAUGCAGCUUCUGGAUCUUAUAUAGUAGACAUCCACA